GAUCACCCCCAUGGUGCCGACGGCCAUGCACCAGACCCGGCCUCGGGGCAGGGCAGCCAGUGCGACAGCCCUAAGCAGGCAGCUGGGCAGGAGAGCUCACCCCUCCCGGUGCCCUCAGCCGUGAAGUCCAAAUCAUCCAGUGAUAGCAAGAACCGCCACAAAAAGCCCAAGGACACCAAGCCCAAGGUGAAGAAGCUGAAGUAUCACCAGUACAUCCCUCCGGACCAGAAGGCAGAGAAGUCCCCUCCACCCAUGGACUCUGCAUAUGCCAGACUCCUCCAGCAGCAGCAGCUCUUUCUACAGCUCCAGAUCCUCAGUCAGCAGCAGCAGCAGCAGCAGCAGCAGCAGCAGCAGAAGCAGCAGCAGCAGCAGCAGCACUUCAGCUACCCAGGGAUGCAUCAAGGCCAACUAAAGCAAUCAAAUGAGCAAAUGGUCAAAAGUUCAAAUUCUUCAUCAACUUCUGUCAACAACACCCCUCUUUCUCCUGUGAAAACCACAUUUUCAGGCCAGACUUGUGUCUCAUCUAUCAAGCCAGGCCCUCUGCCAUCUAACCUGGAUGAUCUGAAAGUGUCAGAACUGAGGCAGCAGCUCCGAAUACGAGGCCUGCCUGUGUCGGGUACCAAAACAGCACUGAUGGAACGGCUGCGGCCCUUCCAGGAGUGCAGCAGCAACACGGUGCCAAACUUCAGUGAGAUCACCACCGUCACCUUCCCAGUCACCCCGACAAGCACCCUGUCAAGUUACCAGUCACAAUCCUCCACCAGCAUGUUAUCAAAUGGCUUCUACCACUUUGGCAGCACCAGCUCCACCCCACCCAUCUCUCCAGCCUCCUCCGACCUCUCUGUGAGCGGCUCUUUGCCAGACACAUUCAAUGAUGGGCCCAUGUCUUCUCCACAGUUCGGUCUCCAGCCAUCUCCGGUUCAUGGCAGUGCUGAAGAAAGCCUCAUGAGCAGCAUGAAUGGAGGGAGCAUCCAGCUGGAGCUGGAAGGGAUCGACACAGAGAAAGACAAGAUGCUGGUGGAGAAGCAGAAGGUCAUCAAUGAACUGACGUGGAAGCUGCAGCAAGAGCAGAGACAGGUAGAAGAGCUACGGAUGCAGCUCCAGAAGCGAAAGAGAAGCAAUGGCCUUGAGGAGAAGCAGCAGCCCUCUCAGCAUUUCUUUGGUGUCCCCAUCAAGCAAGAAAAUGCAGUGUCCAGCUGUCCAUUUGCAUCCAAACAAACUGCCUUGAAAGGCCAAGCCAGCAGCUCAGAUAAGUUAAGUAACUGUGGGGUGCCGCAGCUGCCUCACAUUGUAAAUAGCCACUGCUUGGAGCCUGUGGGGCAAAGCACCAUCACCUCCUCGACAUUCCUGAGCCCGCAGUGCUCCCCCCAGCACUCUCCACUCGGGGCUGCAAAAAGCCCCCAGCACAUCAGCCUGCCGCCGUCCCCCAACAGCCACUAUCUCCUCUCGGUGUCCCCUGGCUCACAGGCAGAAGGGCGCAGUGGGUCCCCGCAGACCAACAGUUGCCUUCGCACAGCGUCGCAGAUGACACGAAGUCAGCAGAUGGAUGAGCUCCUGGACGUACUGAUUGAGAGCGGAGAAAUGCCAGCCAAUGCCAAGGAAGAUCGGUCCUGCCUCCAGAAAGUACCUCAGAUAACGGUGUCUACAGGGAACUCCAGCGCUUCUCUCCCAAAGUCGUCUGCCCCAUUUGAGCAGGUCUCCUCAGCCCAGCUGUCCUUUGAGCACUGUCCAGGCAGCAGUGAUGCUCACCUCGAGGUCCUGCUGCACAGCCCCCUGUGGAGGGUCAGUGAAAUCGCCUUGCUGAAGAUGGGGGGAGAAGAGUCCCACUUCGAAGGGAUGAUGGAGGGGUUCUCCGGCAAAGCCGCAGAUGAACUGCUCACCUCCCAGGAGAUUUUACAGACUCCCCUCUCACCCAUGGAAACCCAGCUCUCCCCUUCCCCUGCUGAUGGCUCCGGUUUACAAAUGAGUUUCACUGAGUCUCCGUGGGAAACGAUGGAGUGGCUGGACCUCACCCCCCCCAGCUCCGCCACUGGGUUUGGUUCUCUCGCCCCUGCAGGUCCCAGCAUCUUCAACAUUGAUUUCCUAGAUGUUACCGAUCUCAAUCUAAACACCAGCAUGGACCUGCACCUGCAGCAGUGGUGA